AUGGCCACCGACGAGUAUCUACACCCCGAUCGCCCACCUGACGGAUUCCGCAUCAGCCGGAAGCCGGUGUCCAACCCGAAUCUUCGGGCCGCGGCAGGUGUCGAUCAUCCGUCGUCACCCUUGCUUCAUGCCUCCACGGCUACAAAUCCUGUGCCGGCACAGCCCCCAUACUAUACAGAUCUCUAUGCCGGACAGUCACAGUCGGUUGGAUCAUUCCCACGGCCAAGGAGUGCAGAGCCAACGCCCUCUUCUACACCUUCACCAGCCUCUCCAACCCCUAUUCAAAAAGCAUAUGGCGAGGCACGACACUUCCUGGGGGGUCUGAUUGACCACCCAACCGAAUCCAACAAGCAUUUUACCAUUCUCCGCCACUCUUCCGGGAUUGUUUUCUAUCGCGGUGUUGGAACGUCCGUCGCGGUGUCAAUCUUCUCGGAUGCCCCGUUGCCACCAGACCGAACCUAUUGGCUACAAAGCAAAGGGUGGACCGGAAAGACCGGAAUGCGUGCCAAAUCAUUGCUUCAUUUACGUGAUGGCUGGGUGGAUGUCACUCCGUCCAUGCCGUUGAGGGCCGGCCAAGUCAAACCCGACGAUGAACGCGCAUGGCAGCGAGAUAUCAAAAAAUUCCGCAAGAAAGCACCGUCGCGGUCACGCGACACGCAUCUAUUGCGCGAGACAGCUGUCCUGCGUAUUCCAGCUGAGGCGGGCGAUGGGUAUUACCAACUGGUACUUUGUCAGGGACCCAAGAAGAAGGUUCUUGCAAAUAGUCCUGUUUUCCGUGUGCUCUCAACAUCAGCCAGUCCCAGCUCAAUUCGUGGCGCCAGCCUAAGCACCCUUCCGCUGGAGGUCGGAGCGAUGGUCACUGGAUUAUAUGCACAGACUGCUGCUCAAACCGUGGUUGCACCUGUCAAGUCUGCCAUCCAGUCUAAAGUCAACCCUUAUCGCCCCUCGUGGGUAGCCCAAACGGCAGCCAAGACCGCCUAUUCUACCACUGGAAUACAGGAUCGAAUGGGUGAAGCUUUUGGUCCGCCCCCAAGUGCAACUCGAAGAGUCCAGGACAACAAUAAUCCGGCCGAAAACUCCGAGCCUGCGUUGAUCACUAUUGAAGAUGGUCCCCAGGAUCCGUUCCCCAUGGGGUUCAAAGCUCGCGCCCAGAUUGGCCAGAUGGCCUCUCCUGUGGCCUCAUCUGAUACUCCCAGACUAGUUCUGUCAAAAGUGCCCGACUGGGUGCUUGAGCAGCUCCGGGGGUAUUUCUUUGGUUGGGCUCGAUUUGAUAUCAGUUCAGCAAAAGACACCUCGUUUGGCCCAUGGUGUCCUGUGGUUCUAUCAGUGCAAACCCUGGAUCCGCUACAGGCCGCAGGAGUCAACGUGGCCCAGAUAGCCAAACGUGUAGUGAUGCUACGGCUGUUGGGCGAAGUUCCCCUGCAGACAACAAAGCUGGAAGUUCGGAUAAUGGGAUUUCUUCGUGCAGGCAUCCCGCCUCCGACUGGAAACACCAGUCAGCAACUGGCUGAAGCACAAGAAGCAGCGGCAGAAGCUGCUAUGUUGGCGGAUGUAUACGAUGCAUCCCUUGUGGAGAAUACUCUAGUUCACCCAGCGUGGGCGCCAGAAAAGCCAAGCUCGCGUGAGCUUCCACAACGGGCGACAGGAUGGAAAGACCGUACACGUGAGGGGUAUAGCAAUGCCCGCGUUCAGGGACAAAGGCUAGUAGAGCAGGUCCCAUUGCAUCGUCUCGGGGUCCGGUCGAUGACGGAUGAAAUGAGAGAGAAGCAAGUUGCUACGAAUGGUUUCUAUGUUGUCCGAUGA